AUGGACGCCGCCGCCGCCGCCGGCGGCGGUGGCCCCGACAAGGAACCUUACCGGUGGCCGUGGGGAUACGAGGACCCUCCCGCGUACGUGGAGGAGGACAUCGUGGAAACCCAACUCAGGUUCGUGCGCGAGUCCGGGGAGGCGGUGGCUGCGCUCAAGGCCGCGGCCGCCGACGCGUGCCGUGCGCUCGUCGACAACUUCGGCGACAUCCGCACUCUCAAGACCAUCUACGACGUCGAGGACUACCACAUCGGCAUGCCAUUCGGUGUGCUUAUUGCAUGCAUUGGUUGCUAUCAACUGUGGAAGCUAGAUCCCUCGACAUUCCUAGAUGUUGUAUUGGGCUACACAUUCUACAGGCUCAGUGUCAUGGGUUCACACAUCCGGAGACAGGGGUCCUCGAAUGAUUUGUUCGGACGCCUCAAGUUUGUUAUUGUCGUAAUCAUGGCUGUGAAAGAUUUCAGGAAAAAUCUCGCUCCCAUUGAUUUUAUCAGGACACCAGUUUAUGCCCUCUAUUCCAUAUCGUUCGUUCAUGACAUAAUUGGCCUGAAGAAGUAUGGAAAAUAUUAUUUCGCUGUGACCAUCGAACUACUAAAAACUAAGGAGGGCAGGUGCAAGCUAGCGAGUUUUUUCUAAACGUUUAUCCUGCUAGUGGAGUGGCCAUUUUUUCUCAAGCAUAAUUCAUAUUAUAAGUACUUCAUAUUCCAUAUGAUUAUCAAAUCAAACAAUGUACUUGUUAUCGAGUUAUUUCUAAAUAUUUGUGCAUUAUGUAUUACAUUGAAGUGAUGUCAACCUUCU